CACCAGCAGGUGGCAGUACAAUUAUUUCAUGGACAUCGGUUGCCAACAAACUAAAACGAAGAAGAGAAGACGCCAAAACAAAGGGAAUGGUAGCGUCGGUUAAGCUAGUCCUACUGUACUAAUUUAACUUGGGUUACUGUUUGCCAAAAGCUGCCAUGUCUCGAGUCCUUCAACCCCCACUAGUCACAGGUAUCUCACCCAAAGAGGGACCAUCAUGGACCAAAGUUACCAUUCGGGGUGAAAACCUUGGCACAGGCCCUGCAGACCUGAUUGGCCUGUCCAUCUGUGGCCACAACUGUCUGCUCACAGCAGAGUGGAUGUCAGCCAGUAAGAUAGUGUGCCGUGUGGGUCCUGCCAAAGAUGACAAGGGAGAGAUCAUUGUCACCACCAAGUCUGGUGGACUUGGCACUUCUACAGUGUCAUUCAAACUGUUGAGGCCAGAGAGGAUUGGUAUCCUGGAUCAGUCUGCUGUGUGGGUGAAUGAGAUGAACUACUACGACAUGAGGGCCGACCGCAACAAAGGAAUCUCUCCUCUCUCCCUACGACCCAGUAAUCCACUGGGCAUCGAAAUAGAAAAAGGUAAAGUCCCUCAGACUCACAUGGACCAGACGUUUCCAGGGAUGAGCGGAGACUUUACCAAUGAAAAUUUCUCUGCCACCUGGUACCUCAUUGAGAACCAUGAAGGAUCCAGUUUUGAGCAGUUGAAGAUUGCAGCAAGCAACCUGAAGAAACAAUCUGCCAAGAAGAAUGAAGGGAGUCUUGCCUAUGUGAAAGGAGGCCUCAGUACAUUCUUUGAGGCCCAGGAUGCACUUGCAGCAAUACAUCAGAGACUGGAGUCUGAAGGCACUGAGAGAGUCAAAGGAUCAAUGACUCAACAACUAGAAAGCAUCCUCAACAGAGCCAGUGACACGGCAGACACCCUCUUCCAGGAAGUGUUGGGGAGGAAGGACAAAGCUGACUCCACACGCAACGCACUAAACGUCCUCCAACGUUUUAAAUUUCUUUUUAGUCUUCCACUCAGCAUUGAACGGAAUAUUCAAAAGGGAGAUUAUGAUGUGGUGAUUAAUGACUAUGAAAAGGCCAAAUCUCUUUUUGGUAAAACUGAGGUCCCCGUCUUUAAAAAGGUGUAUGAUGAGGUUGAGACAAGAAUUGGAGCUUUGAGAAGACUGUUAGUGACCAAACUGCUGCAGACACCAUCUACACUGCACGACCAGAAGGUUUACAUCAGGUACCUUUCUGACCUUCGUACCCCAGGUGACCCAGCCUGGCAGUGCAUUAACGCGCAGCACAGUUGGAUCCUGAAACUAAUGCUGAACUGCAGAAAUGAAUUCAUCAGUGGCCAGAAAGUCAGUAGUGGAACCCUGGACCUAGAGGGCGAAACCUGUCAUGUAACGCCUGGCAGACUUAGCCUUGCUGCAUCCUCAAAGAGGCGGGACAGCCUGCAAACAUCACAACAUGGCACAUGGGACUUUGAAACCCCACAACAGGUCCAGUUUGUUGAGAAGCUGACAGAUGUGGUGAUCAGUCAGCUCCCGAAUUUCUGGAAGCUCUGGAUCUCCUAUGUUAACGGGAGUCUUUUCAGUGAGACUGGAGAGAAAUCUGCUCAAGUGGAGAAAUUCAAGAGAAAUGCCAGACAGAGACAGAAUGACUUCAAGAAAAUGAUUGAGGAAGUUACCAAUCAACUGGUGAAGCUGAUUCGAGGAGCUCUCCUGCCCACCACCCUGUCACGGGAGGAGAUGAGCAGUUAUGGAUGCUGGAAAAACAAGACUGAAAUUACUGGACCUUGGCUCACACAAAUUAUUCACAAUGUCAGGAGUUGUCAUGAAGCUCUGUCUGCCAUGGAAAUUCCAAAUGAUUUGCUCCAAGUGAUUCAGGAUCUGCUACUGGAGUUAAGAGUUCACUGCCUCAUUGUGACUCUGCUGCACACAGCAGAAGAUGUGAAGAGACUUGCUGACAAGGAGGACUGGGUCGUAGAUAAUAAGGGAAUUACCAGCCUGCCUUCACAGUUUGAACAGUGCAUGAUCCAGAUGCUGCAGUCUCUUAGUGAACCUCUGGAAGUGAAGCCGGGAGAGAUCAAUGUGUUACAGUUAGACCAGGUCCAGGAUCAGGCAACUGAGCUCAGCGUGAGCAUCAUAAAGGUUUUCAUCAACUGCCUAGAGCAACUGAGUAACAAGACAGAUGGCAUCAAUGAAUCUCACAAGGUCGUGUUGGGCUCAUCAUCUUCAGAUUGGUUUAACAACAUUCAAGGAGGCUGCAGUCCAACCUCUCAACAGCGUCUGCUGAUCAUCCUCAGUAACUGCCAAUAUCUGGAGAGACACACCUUUCUGAACUUGAUCAAUCACUUUGAGACACACAGCUUCGCAGGAGCAGAGAAGAUCGCACGAGUGAGCAUGGAUGCUGUUCGAGAACUGGACCACAACCUGUUUGAAACUUACAUUGAGAGACGUGCUGACCCCAUCACAGGCUCAUUGGAGCCUGGCAUCUACAAUGGAUGGUUUGACUGGAGACACUGCCCAGCACCCACAGGUGUGAGGAACUACCUUAAAGAAGCUCUGGUCAACAUCAUUGCAGUACACGCUGAGGUCUUUUCUGUCUCUAAGGAUUUGGUGCCUCGGGUUUUGUCUAAGAUUGUUGAGUCUGUUGCAGAUGAGAUGUGUCGUAUUAUGCAGUGUGUUUCAUCUUUCAGCCGAAAUGGAGCCCUGCAGGCUCAUCUUGAAAUCUCUGCUCUCAGAGAUGCCUUAGCUUCAUACCUAAAUGCUGAAAGCAAGAGUUGUUUCAACCAAGCUCUGGAAACCAUACCUCAGAUACACAGUGGAUCUGACAAGAAGAUACUGGAGGAGCUGUUGAACAAGUAUAAGAGUAAUAUGCACCUUCAGCUCACCUGCUUCCACUCUUCUGCCCUUCAGCCCAUAAAGAGAUAAAUGGGCUUCUGUUAUCUCUGCCAUCAUCAUGUUUCCUGCUUUUUUGUGCAAUAUUUUUAUAUUCAGUCUUUCCUCUAGAAGAUUGAACACAUUAGUCUUUUUUAAACCCCCCCCCCCCCCCCCCAAAAAAAAAAUAGCACCCAAAGCACGUUAAUUAUCAAGUUGUGGCUCAACAUCAGGAACUCAAAUUUUCCAUUAAUGAUUUUGUCCUGUGACAUUUAAUUUCACCAAUAAACACGAUUAGAUCCA